UUAUAAUCGGUGUGGCAGCAUAAGCAUUCUGGCGGUAAACUUGGGCAGCUGCAGCAUGCCACAGGUCCUGGGCCCGGAUCGCUUUAGAGAUUUGCAGGCCUGUGGUUCUGAUGCUGCGCCUGAGAAAAGGAAGAAGGUUUCCUUUGGUCAGGAUGUUUCUGAGGCAAGUGUGCGCAGAAGUUGUUUGGCGGAUUGGAUGGAACUUUCAGUGAACUUGGCCCCUUCUUUGCGGCAAGCUCGACAUAGAGCCUUGCCCCGGGGGCUGCAGGAUCGCUUUUCGUCAAGUGUCCGGCAUUACUUGACACAGGUCAUCUUUCAAACAGGAAAAGCAGAAGCAAGCAAGGUACCAACUGGUAAGGCGCGCAUUGCUUUAACCUUAACUGUGUGGCAGGUCCAUGAAGGAGCUGACGGAAUUCUUGUCAGAGCUCAAGUUGUACAGGGGUGUUCUGGAUGCCCAGAUUUGCGAGAGGGCUCCUUGGUCAGGCUGCUUUUGCAUCUCAAGCAUCCGGUUCUUCAGGCGCUUCAGCUUCGUGCUGGCAUCAAUAUCCAGGUUGCAGAUUUCAGCGUGAUCCAGGCGUGUGCUGGCGGUGGAGCGCUUUUGAACAAAGAUUCUUGGUGCUUACACCAAGAAAAUAUCAGAACAGGAGCCUUUGCGGAAGCAUUUCCCUUGGGCCCAUGGGAGUUGCCAACGGACGUCAGCGGAUGUUGAGUCAAGCUUCAAACACGGUAUUUGCGCAAGUCGUGGCUCAACAUGAGCGCACUUGCUGAGAUGUGAAUUCUGUAAAGCUCAAUAGUCACAGGCAGAGCGUUGCACAAUGGGGCAAUAGUUGUCCAUCUUUUACAAGAUGGACUGGGCCAGCUUUGGGGAACAAA